AGGUUACAAAGGGAAGAUAUGUUGUGAUUGGUACAGGAAGAACUAAUGUCUUUUCCGGUUUAUAAUGCGUUGUCCGAGAAGCAAGUUUAGAGGGUUUUUCUUGGUUAGUUCGUUAUGGCAGUUUCUCGAUAUUAUCGUUUCAACAGAUAAUUACCCAAUAUCGUAACGGUAUUAUAAUUUACCGUAAUUUGACGGGUGAAAGCUGUACCAUUGUUAUAUGUAUAGUGACAUAUUUGGUAAUAAGUUACAAAUUGUUAUUGAGAGUGGUAUCUGUAGUUCAGCUUGAGUUUGGACAUUUGAUUUGGAACAUCGUUCAGCCUCUGUAGUUAUAAGUUGAAAUCAUGUCAAGUGAAAAGAACGAUAUAUACAGCUCUGAAGAUCUGAAGACAGACUCAGUACCGGAUGUUCCAAGGUCAAGGGAUUUAAAUGAUGAAGAAAAUGAUUCAUCGCUUUUGUUACCUCCUAAAGAAGUUGUAGAUGCAGAAAGGGAAUCAAGCCCUGCAAAUAAUGAUAAGGCAUACUUAAGACCCCCAGAAUAUUCAGCUUUUGGUACAAAGACAAAAUCAAGUCCUAGAAGUGUACCAAAGUCACCAAAAAAUAAGAAAGAAAAGAAGAAAUCUUCGGAACCAUCAACUGUUGUGUACAAGAUAUCACAUUCUAAUGGAAUCCACAUAGGACCAGAUCUCAACCUUACAAUUGUACAAAAUUCUCCCAGUGCGAAAGCCCAAUCUGCCCCUAAGGAAAACAGAAUUACAAGAAGUCUGUUAGAAAGCAAGCAACAGGUAACCCGAGAACAUAUAAGAUUGGUUGCACCUCAUGUUGGAGAACACUGGAGAGAGGUUGGAAGAAUGCUUAAUCUCACUGAUGGGAGGCUUGAGCAGAUUGAGCAAGACCGUUAUAAGGAGGGAAUGAGAGAGGUGGUUUAUCAGAUUUUGCUGGAGUGGAUACGAGUGAAUGCAAGUGAUGCAAGACUUGGAGAGCUCACUAAUGCUCUUUGGAAAUCAGCUGAAUACAGUGCUGUGAAGAAACUUGCAGAAUGGGCAAAAGAAUCUUCCCUUUUUUAACCAGUGCAGGACAAUGAGUGCACAGCAAAUCUGGCAGUAUGGAAUAAAUCCAUAGCUUCCUUGAUAUAUCCACUGCAAGUUUUAAUUAUUGAGAGAAGUGGUAGAUAAUGUGCAAGUUAACUUUUUUUAAAAUAGUGUUUUCUUUUUUUGUAUUUUUUCCGUGCUUCAAAUGUGGCUGAUUCUUGGAUUUGCUAACACUGUAUGUAAACUAUUCUCAGAUGCAGCCACCAUCUGUUUUCAUGAAAAAUACAUGAUUGGUUCUGCAUCAUGAAAUUGGAUGAUACAGUGAACAGGGGGGAUUGGGAAGAAUGAAAAGUAGUUUUUCUUAUGAAGCACUGUUCCAGUAUUUGCCCUACUGGAUUCAGUGGGACCAAGCUAACCUUGGUCAUGAUUGAGAUGUAUUUUGUUCUCUUUUUCAUUGGGAGGGAAGAUCUCACAAAACUCUUUAUAAUGGUUUUAAUUGAAAAGUACCUGCAUUGACCAUACUGCAUUUUUCUCUUGUAAAAAUGCAUACAGCAUCUACCAAGGGCACAAACAAGAGAGUUAUUUUUAGAUAUUCAUGCACUGUUUGUGCUUAUACUUUGAUUUCUGUAUGGCCACACCAUAGCUCAAGUGGUUAGUCGCACGCUUCCCACUGUGGCAGCCUGGUUUCGAUCCCAGGUCCGGUCA